AUGAGCUCUUCUCUUGUUGCGAGGGCAAAGGCAAAGGGGUUGAAAGUGUCGUCUCAGAUACCGAAGUGGCGCUCCAACUCUGCAAGGAAGACCUACAACGGAGACCUACAACGGAAUGCAAUUAUCAUUGCCGAUCGACAGAUGACAUACAGUAUAGCUCAAUCAUGCGUAACAAAUGGAAGUUUCCUCGCCUUGUCGUUCUCGCAGGAACAACUAGAAGCUUGUAAGCAGCAAGUUGCGCUGCGAUUUGGUGGUAAUGCAGCUCCUCUCGCUAUCACCCAAACUGCUGUAAAUGAGGACGAGAAGUUUGGACGACGAGAUGCUGGAGAAGCUGAGUGCAUUGUAUGUCUAUGCUGCUGGAGAGGAGUAAGACUCAGACUCGGAGGAUGA